GGAAAAGCGAGAAAAUUAUGAACAAAUAACCUAAAUAAUAGUGAGAAAAUAUCACGAGAUUAAAAGAGAGAGAGAGAGGAAGAAAAAAAGUUCUGAUAAACUGAAUACUCUGAAAUGCGCCUGAUUUGAUAUAAACCUCAUGAAGUAUUAGUAUUAUCAUCAUGAUGAUCCAAAGAAAAUGCUAUAGAAAUUCAAGAACUGUUUCAGUUGAUUUCAAGUCUUCCUUGAGUGUUGAUAACAAUUCAUCCAAUUCUGAUAAAUACCCUCUCUUUAACUUUCCCUCCGUAUCGUUGACCUCCCACCAAACUUAAUGAGAGUCAAUAUUACCUUUUUUUAUAUGCAAUUGAGUUCUGUCUAAAUCUACCAAUGAAAAUGUCAAUUAUUUCAUUUUAUAUAUUGUGAUAACUUUAUAAUAACAAAUGAAAUUUUCAUGCCAAUUAUCAGUUUAAUCAAAGUGUUAAUCUUGUCUUGAUUGUCUCAUCAAUAGUAAUUGAGUGAAAGCAUUUUGGAUAAGCGCAGCAAUAAAGUUGAUUUGAUUUUCCAUUAAUGAUUGUCUGUGUAUAUUGAAAGUGUCAACUAAAUGAUUACCAAUUGUUUAAUUGUUUAAUUGUUAAUUGUUUUCAAAUUAUAAUCAUGGAAAGAAGAUAUCAUAAUGUAUCUUCCUCAUCAUCACCAGUACCUACCAUUGUUACAUUGGGUAAUAUUGAUGGUCGAUCAUCAGUUACUCAUACAACAACAAUUAAAGAUUCAUCUUUAUAUCCAAUGAUUAACCAUCCAAAACAACAACAAUUAGCAAACAUCAAUAACAAUCAACAACAACACCAGCAAAUUAUAUCAAGUUCAACAAUAAGACAUGCAAGUAAAUCAGAGCCUUCCCAAUUAAACCAGUCUUUUAAUCAUCAAAUCAACAAUAUCAAUAAUAAUCAGAAUCCAGGUUUCCUUUGGAUCGGAGAAUCAGCAAUCUCAGAUACAAUCGGACAUAAUCCUGGUCUAUGUGCAUUGAUAUUAACCGUUAUAUCUGUGAUACUGAUCGUGUUAACAUUGCCUUUAUCCCUUUUCUUUUGCAUCAAGGUUGUCCAGGAAUAUGAAAGAGCAGUUAUCUUCCGGCUUGGAAGGUUAGUUAAGGGUGGGGCAAAAGGACCAGGAAUCUUUUUCAUCAUCCCCUGUAUCGAUACCUAUUCAAAAGUUGACCUCAGAACCGUUUCAUUUGAUGUUCCUCCGCAAGAGAUUUUGUCCAAAGAUUCAGUGACCGUUGCCGUCGAUGCUGUUGUUUAUUAUCGUAUCAGUAAUGCAACGAUCGCCGUUUCCAAUGUUGAAGAUUAUGGUAGGUCCACUCGUCUACUGGCCGCUACUACUCUUCGUAAUGUCCUGGGUACCAAAAAUUUGUCCGAAAUUUUAUCCGAACGAGAAUCUAUUAGCCAUGUUAUGCAAAGUAGCCUUGACGAAGCAACUGACCCUUGGGGCGUAAAAGUUGAACGAGUUGAAAUUAAAGAUGCUCGUCUACCUGUUCAAUUACAACGUGCCAUGGCUACGGAAGCGGAAGCAGCUCGAGAGGCUCGAGCCAAAGUGAUCGCUGCCGAGGGAGAACAAAGAGCAUCUCGAGCAUUAAAAGAAGCGGCUGAGGUCAUUCAUGGCUCACCAGCGGCUCUUCAGCUUCGUUAUCUUCAAACUUUAAAUUCAAUUGCGGCAGAAAAAAACUCAACCAUAGUUUUCCCGUUACCUAUUGACCUUUUUCGUGGAUUUUUGAACUCUGGUCGUUGGACUGAACCUUUUCAUGGUAAAGAUCAACAUCAUGAAGGUAAUGAUAACCAUCAACAUGGAAAUAACAAUAGAAAAAAUGUUAACAAUAAAAAUCAAUCAAAUAUUAAGCCGAAAGUGACUUUUCCUGAUGAACCAACAAGAGGACAAUUAAACAAUAAUCUAAGCGGUAAUCAAAUGACCAAUGCUCAGACCAAUGGUGAUUCCGUAAAUCAGGAAUCAUUAUCAACAAUACAGUCACAAUCACCAAUUCAACCAAUCCCAUCAUCAUCAUCAGCAAUACCAAUACCGAGCCAGUCAAACAAUCAAGUUGAUCAUCAAUCUUUAAUUCAACCACAACAAUUUGAAUCACAAGAAAGCUGAAUUUACAAAUGAUCUUAAAAAUUAAAAGUAAAUCAAAUCAAAUCUCUAUAAAUAAAACACUAAUUUUUACCUCAAUUAUCUAAGAAAAUUUUGUUCUCUUUUAAAUUGUUACAAUUAAUAAAAAAGAAAAAAAAGUUUCUCCAAAUU